AGUGGCUCCGCCUAUCAGACGCUGCGCAGUCACACACGGAAACAAGGGGAUAACCGUCAUCUGCUGUGUAACCGGGAGCUUCAUGUCCACUUAAAAUAAGGUCUCCCAUGUAAACCCCUUGAGGCUGAGAGGAGAAGGUCAGGCAGUUUCUCUGUCACGAUGGACGGUUAGUUCUGACAGUAACCCCAAUGGAAGCUCCAGUCACAGCUGCCCCUCCUCCCAACUCCUCCACUCUGCCUCCCCCGGUUCCCCUUCGUCCGGCCGUUGCUCCGUCGGUCCAGCUUGGCUUCACCAUCCUCUACACCACUCUGUACGCCGGACUCUUCCUGGUGGUGUACAUCCAGCUCUGGCUUCUCUACGUCUACAAACACAAACGAUGGAGCUACCAGAGUGUUUUUCUGUUCCUCUGCCUGCUCUGGGCCGCCCUCCGCACCACCUUGUUCUCCUUUUACUUCCUUAAUGCUCUGGAGGCCAACCACCUACCUGUUGCAGUCUACUGGCUGCUGUACUGCUUCCCUGUUUGUCUGCAGUUCUUCACGCUCAACCUUAUUAACCUGUAUUUUACUCAGGUGUUGCUCAAAGUGAGAGAGACUUACAGCUCAGCAGGGGGCAGAAGACUGUGGCUGGCACGGUACGUGUAUGGCGCAUUGAACGCUGCCUUCCUCUGUGUCAACGUGGUUUGCGCUGCUCUCGGGGACCGAGGCCGUGGUGGGUCAGGGGAGCGGACGUGGAACCUGGUCCUGGUUCGAGUCAUAGUCAAUGACUCGCUCUUCAUCCUGGAUGCGGUGUUACUGGCUACUCUGCUUUUGCUCCUGACCAGACACUCGCACUCCACCAGCCCCUACCUGAUCAGCAAGGGGACCACCAUGUGCCGCACAGCAGCACUGGCGGCAGCAGUGAUCUUGCUGUUUGCCAGUCGAGCCUGCUACAACCUGACAGUCCUCUUUCUGUCCCAGAACCACCAGGUGGAGUCGUUCAACUUUGACUGGUACAACGUCUCCGACCAGGCUGACUUACGUAAUGAAAUGGGCGACAGCGGCUACCUGGUCUUCGGUGCCAUCCUCUUCAUAUGGGAACUGCUCCCAAGCAGUCUGCUCAUCCUCAUCUUCAGGGUUCGCCAGCCCACUCAGGAGACCAGCAGCAUGGCCAUUAACAACAGGGUCCUACCUCGUCCAUAUUUCUUUGAUGACCCUCAAGGCAGUGACGAGGAUGCGCUUCUUCCGUGGACAUGCAGUUCAGAUCCACAGUCAGGCUGGUAUGGAGCAGAGACCGCUCCUCUCCUGUUUGCCAGCAACCCUCCAGACCAGAACCACCAGCACCACUCGUUCUACUCCACCCCCCAGAACUGACCCUGACUCCUGACCAGGAUCAGGGUUGUGGUAUUUGUCUCAAGGACCAAAUACAUACACACACACACACAGCUACCAGCCUACCAACACUGUACCUCCCUCUAUGAGCAGUUUUUGCACUGAAAACCUCAGGAAAUCAUCACCAAACAGUGAAUAUGCACCUUGUAGUUUUUGAAAAGACAAUAAAUUAAACGUUUUUCUUAGCUCAAAAGGAACAAACACGGUGGGGAAAGCCCUGCCAGAUGUGAAUGGCCAAAUACUGUGCUCAGUGAGCUCUUUGUAAAGGUAAAGCUGAGGUUUAGCUUGUUUAUAUCCACCAAUGUUGAUUAAAAAAAACAAGGUAAACUAGCUCUUACAAUUCCUAAAAAUUGCACAUUUAGCUUCAUAAGCUUUCCUUAAUAAAUGAAUACAUGUAAUGCAGUGUAGUUCCCAGCAUUGAAUAACCAUUGGUAGUAGGCAUUGAAGAUACUGUAUUAAAGUUUUGUUUUAACGAAGGUAAAUUUCUCUUACACAGUUUCUUCAGUGUAUCAGAAACAGACUAAAAUACAUGUGUUUGCAGCAAAGUAAUGUUUCUUUAAGACCACUAAUGUCCUUUGUAACCUUUAAUUCAUAAUUUCAAAUCAGCUCAGCAGGAUCUCUAUUUUCUAAUACAUUGCUGCAGGUAUUAGUGUAUGUUUGUUUGUUUCCUUAUUUGGUCUCAUUGUAAGUUCUCUUUAUGGCCAGUGUCUGCUAUUCUUUAGGUUUGUAUAUCACAUUUGUAAAGAGUGUCCACAUUUUUAAAAUGACAGAAUUAAUGUUGAUUCUUAACCCAUUUCUGUAUAAUUGUAUUGUGAUGUAAUUUAUAACUAUGCUUCUACCUUUUAAUUGCAGCUGAUAAUCAAAUGUUAUUCUCCUUAGUCUUGACUAGUAUGAGGCUUCCUCAUAGCAAGUCACUAACCCGUGGCUUUGACUUCACCACGACUGACAUUUACUAUGUAAACAACAAACUAAUAA